CUGCUGCGGGAGGCGGCUGAACAAGCUCAGGCUCAAUUGUGCUUCCUGCCUGUCAGCCUCUUGCUCCCAACGCCUACCAUUUCCACUUGAUGUCAUCACGCAGAAGGGGGUGAAAGGGACUCGGUGACAGAUUCAGAAACUGAUUGCUAGAUGCCUGUGAGCCCCUGACAACCUCAAGGCUUUGGAAAGAAGGAAGGCCUGGAAGCAGGGCUCCUGAGAACAAGCUCCUCCCCGGUGGCCUUGGCAUUUCAACUCUUGGUCCAGGAUGGAGACCCUCUCCCAAGAUUCUUUGCUGGAAUGUCAGAUCUGUUUCAAUUAUUACAGCCCGCGGCGAAGGCCCAAGUUGCUGGAUUGCAAACACACCUGCUGCUCGGUGUGCCUGCAGCAGAUGAGGACGAGCCAGAAGGAUGUGCGGUGCCCCUGGUGCCGGGGCAUCACCAAGCCCCCAGGCUUCUCCGUGUCGCAGCUCCCCGAUGACCCCGAGGUCCUGUCUGUCAUCGCCAUCCCUCACGCCUCCGAACACACCCCCGUCUUCAUCAAACUUCCCAGCAAUGGGUGCUACAUGCUGCCCCUGCCCAUCUCCAAGGAACGAGCGCUGCUGCCUGGAGACAUGGGUUGCCGCCUGCUGCCUGGGAGCCAGCAGAAGUCUGUCACCGUGGUGACCAUUCCCGCCGAACAGCAGCCUCUGCAAGGUGGGGCUCCCUCAGAGGUGGCAGAGGAGGAGCCAGACAGGCGGGGCGUGGUGAAAAGCUCCACCUGGUCCGGGGUGUGCACUGUGAUCCUGGUGGCCUGUGUCCUGGUCUUCCUUCUGGGCAUCGUGCUGCACAACAUGUCCUGCAUUUCUAAGCGCUUCACUGUGAUAUCCUGUGGCUGAAGGCACUGCAGGGAAGUCUCUUGUGGGUACCAACUAGGGGUUGAGCAGGUGUUGGUGAUGGGAUCACAGUGAGAAAUGGGGGUGGGGGGGGAGAGAGAUCAUUUGGUGCCAGGCACUGCCUCU